AUGGAGGCCGAUUUCUGGCAGGAUCAGCAAGAUUUGACAAUCUUACUGGAUGCCGAGACAGAAGAAUUUACUGAAUCGUGGAAACACCCGGGUUUAACGAUUACGAUUCACUGGGAUCGUUCGUUACCGGAUGUUCAUACCGAUGGAUUGAUAAUUGAAACUGGAUAUGAGUAUGAAAUGGCUAUACAACAGAGCUAUUUAUUAGGAAUGAGGGAAUGUGUUUGCGGAAGGUACCCAAGAGAGCCGGAUCCACGAAAAAUAGUUCCAGUACGCUUUGCAGAACCAAAUCGCGAGUACGGAGGGUAUCCAAUCCAUUUAAGAAGCUUAGACAAAGAUAAAACUUUGGACUGGUCAUGGUACAUCGCAUCCCACUUGCCCUCAUCAAAGCUGAAGGGACUCAAGUCGCCGGACCCAGAGCCAAACGAAAACCUGACGGUGUUCCAGUAUUUCGUAACCGCACUUUCCAAGUCUUCCAUCAGCGGGGUGACCGGAGUCACAGCAGCGACGAAUGUCCUCAGGAGGAUUCUCUGGGCUGUGGUACUUUCUUUAUGUCUCAUCGGAUUCGCGUACCAAACGUACCACUUUUCGCAGAUGUACAUGAGCAAGCCGUCCGUCGUGCAAAUAGAAGUGGAAAAUGAUGGUCUUGCCGAGUUUCCUGCCAUCACGCUUUGUAAUACAAAUAGAGUUAGAAGAAGUGAAUAUUGCUACAACUACCCACAAAUCUGUAACGCGACACCGAAAGCGACCAUGACUGAGCAAGAGAUCGGAGACUUAAUUUAUGAUAUCUUGCAACAAGGGAAUACAACUCUGAAGAGAAAUUUGGGGCAUCAAAAGACUGGAAUGAUUCAGAGCUGCAUCUUCAAUGGAAAACCUAAACUUUCCGAAGAAGAAUGCUUCAGAGUUGUAGAACAUUUUUAUGAUCCAGAUUUGGGAAACUGCUACACAAUUCCACCAAAAAACGAAAGGGGACAAGUACUCGAGGCAAGUGAAGCGGAUUUUUGGCAAGAAGCGAAUGAUAUGUCUGUAUUGAUAGAUAUCGAGACUGACGAAAACAUGGAAACGCGGAGGCACCCUGGAUUGCUCCUAACUAUUCACGACGAAGAAAACAUGCCCGAUGUGCAUACAGACGGACUCAUGAUCGAACCCGGACUCUCAUACUCUCUGGCGGUACAAAAGUCCACUGUGCUGCUGUUACCUCUUCCGUAUAAUACCAACUGUACAGACUACUUCAAACUGCCAUGGCAGGCAAGAUAUAAGAGAAGGCUCACUUCGAGGAUGUGUACAGUGGGUUGCUCUCAAUAUUACCAACAGCAGCGCUGCAGCUUCAUCACCAAAAAUUUGAGUUUGUUUUUCGAUGAGCUUCCUUACAAACCAGAAUUAAUUACAAAAGAGAACAAAGACUGUGCUGAGAGAGAAGAAGCGAAUACGAAGGAUUAUUGCAGAAGUAUUUGUGGGUUGCCCUGCAGGGAUACAACUUUUACGGCAUCCAUUGGCAGCAAUAUUCUGAUUGAAAGAGAACUUUUCCAGCACAAUAUACAUACAAACCCAAGUAGAAGUUGGAAAGACAAAAUGCACAACUUAGCUUUGCUACGAGUCUACUAUUCAACACUGGAGCACAAGAUAUACAGGCACAUUCCGAAGUAUGAUACGAUGGAGUUAUUUAGUUAUCUAGGCGGUUACAGCGGCGUCUGGUUGGGAUUCUCCCUUCUAACAGUGUAUGAGUUGCUAGAAAUUGUUUUCACCACCAUUUUGUUUGCUAUCAAGAAACACAAGAAAUAUAACUACCAAAAGAAAAUAGCGAGAAGGAUUUUCGGGCUACGAAAGCACUCGAAGAAGUUAGUGAAAAAGAGCAGAAACAAGAAGUUUUACAGAUGA